CGCUGCAAAGAGCCGUUUAGGCUGGGAGGUGUUCGUCCCUUCAUGCCGACCUCAAACGGGAUCCCAAAAUAUAUAUCAAGUGUAAACGCGUCGCUUCUGUUGAUAUUCUGUCCACAGCAACAACAGUAUCGCCCACAGUCAACAGGAAAAGGCCGCUCAAAUUGCCCGCCCGAGUCGCACACGAAAAACGUCAUACUGUUUCCGGUGACGUGUACAGCAGACGCCGCUGAAUGCAACUUUUGCUGUGUAAUCUGAACAAGCGACGAAGAAGCGAGCCGUUUGUAUAAUUAGUAUUCGCUAUCGAAUUAGCACUUUUUAUGCAGGAUGGAAUAUUUAAUUGGCAUACAGGGACCGGAUUUUGUUCUCGUCGCUGCCGAUAACGUCGCAGCCAACAGCAUCAUUCAGAUGAAACAUGACUACGACAAGAUGUUCAAACUCAGUGAGAAGAUUUUGCUACUGUGUGUGGGCGAGUCAGGAGACACCGUGCAGUUUGCAGAGUACAUUCAGAAGAACGUUCAGCUCUACAAAAUGAGAAACGGCUAUGAACUCAGCCCCACAGCAGCAGCAAACUUCACAAGAAAGAACCUUGCAGACUACCUUCGAAGCAGGACGCCAUAUCACGUCAACAUGUUGCUGGCAGGCUACGAUGAUGCAGACGGUCCGGGUCUGUACUACAUGGACUACCUGUCCGCGCUGGCUAAGGCCCCCUUUGCUGCCCACGGCUACGGAGCCUUUCUCACGCUUAGCAUCCUUGACCGCUACUACAGACCAGAUCUGACCAGAGAUGAAGCAGUGGCGCUCCUGAAGAAAUGCAUUGACGAACUGAACAAGCGCUUCAUUCUGAACCUUCCCUCCUUCAGCGUCCGUUUGAUUGACAAGGAGGGCAUCCAUGACCUGGAGAAACUCACUCCAAACAAGUGACCGUUCCCCGCUUAGCUACCGGCACACACACACACACACACAAUCUUUUUUUUUUUUUUUUUUACCACUGACCUCCUUGUUCUUUCUCUUCCAAUAAAAAGUGACGUGCAGUUGAGAUAUGUA